AUGUGGCAGACUCCGACUCGGAUUCAUACUACAGUCCCUACACUUCAGAUGUCGAGCAACAGAUUGAAAGCUGCAUUAAAUGCUAGAGAUAAUACUGAUCUAAACAUGAAAUUUCUCGAAAAUCGUCAUAUGCCGAAGCUAAUAAUAGAAGAGUCAAAUAGACUUGCAGGAGUGAAUCCUACUAACCAUGAAGACAUUUUUGGGUCAUCGAUACAAUCUUCGAAAGACAUGCUGGUGCAUCAAAAUGUGAACCAAGAACUGUGUGGCUACCCUUCUGACCUUACCAAUACAAAUGUGAUUGGAUCACCAGAAUUCAGAGGUAGUCCAUUUGUGAAUUCAAGAUAUGAUGCCUUUUCAAAUCGGAGCCAGAGCUUUUUCGAGUGCAGCAGCGUGGCAAGCUUUAAUUCCAAGCUUCCUUCUGCUACCUCAGUUGCAUUAGAACCUUCUACUGCCUUCUCUGAUUGGCACUCCCCUGAUAGAAAAGUAGAUUGGUCUAUCCCCGGUGAUAAACUCAAUGAAAUGACGACAUCUUAUUCUUUCGGCUUCCUAAACGAUACUAGCAACGCUUCAACAAUAGCUGCUGCAUCAAAUGUUGAUGACCAUUAUGCAUUAUUAAGCCAGGAAUCUUGGGUUAGCUCGCUUGUGAAGGAUGAUGAUCCAACAUUGGAAUCUGAUCAACUGCAAUGCCAUAAUCCGGAUGUUGUUCCAUCUUAG